CUCUGCAAUUUGGCUUGUUGCAGAUGCUUUAGAAGUUAUUCAAUUACCUAUUCAUUUUGUAUGAUACUGUGAAAAUUUCAGCAUGUCCUGCUUACAAGUAUUGAGACAAGCUUACAGUGGCAGCAGCGGUGCACUGCGAUGCUGUGCUGCACUCACUUGCAGUUUGCUUCCUCAAUUACCAACUCAUAAGAGAAAUGCUUCCAGCAGAAGCUCUGAGGACCGUCCAAACUUUCCAGGCUCCAAGUCAAGCUGGACGGAGAAACUCGAGUUCGUACAACCUGAUCUUUAUGACGGCAUUCCUGUGUACCGAGUCAUGGAUACCAAAGGCAAGAUCAUCUCUCCUGACCACGACCCUCAGUUACCAAAAGAAAUGCUGGUGAAAAUGUAUGAGAAGAUGACAACACUCAACAUGAUGGACCGCAUCCUUUACGAGUCUCAGCGUCAGGGCCGCAUCAGCUUCUACAUGACAAGUUACGGAGAGGAGGGAACACACAUCGGCUCAGCGGCUGCCCUUGAGGAGAAGGACUGGAUCUACGGCCAGUAUAGAGAAGCAGGUAUGUGGGUCUAUGACCAGUAUAGGGAGGCAGGUCUGUGGGUCUACGGCCAGUAUAGAGAAGCAGGUCUGUGGGUCUAUGGCCAGUAUAGGGAGGCAGGUCUGUGGGUUUAUGGCCAGUAUAGGGAGGCAGGUCUGUGGGUCUAUGGCCAGUAUAGAGAGGCAGGUCUCCGUAACAACGGGUACGCCAUCUCGACACCGACGCACGAACAAUACCGUGGAGACGGUGUUGCCGCGCGCGGUCCCUCGUACGGUAUUGCGACGAUCAGGGUAGACGGCAACGACGUGCUCGCCGUCUACAACGUCACUAAAGCCGCCAGGCAGAUCGCAGUCCAAGAGAACAGACCUGUUCUCAUCGAGGCCAUGACCUACAGGAUCGGGCAUCACUCGACAUCAGACGACAGCUCGGCGUACCGCAGCGUAGACGAGGUGCGUCACUGGGACAGCACGCAGCACCCAAUAGCGCGCCUCCGCACCUACAUGGCAGACCGCGGCUACUGGGACGACGCUAGGGACAAACGCUGGAAGGAGGACUGUCAGAAGCAGGUGAUGCAGGCGUUCGCUGCGGCCGAGCGCCGCGUCAAGCCGGACUGGCGGGAGCUUUUCUCGGACGUGUACGCUGACAUGCCCGCCUCCCUCAGGGCUCAGAUGGAGGAGAUGGAGCGACACGUCAAGGAGUACGAGGACUGCUACCCAACCACCAAGUUCAGCGGACACUAAACCCUGGAUAGCGGACACUGAACCCUGGACAGCGGACACUGAACCCUGGACAGCGGACACUGAACCCUAGCCAGCGGACACUGAACCCUAGCCAGCGGACACUGAACCCUGGACAGCGGACACAGAACCCUAGCCAGCGGACACUGAACCCUGGACAGCGGACACUGAACCCUAGCCAGCGGACACUGAACCCUGAACAGCUGACACUGAACCCUGGACAGCGGACACUGAACCCUGGACAGCGGACACUGAACCCUGGACAGCGGACACUGAACCCUGGACAGCAGACACUGAACCCUGGACAGCAGACACUGAACCCUGGACAGCAGACACUGAACCUUGGACAGCGGACACUGAACCCUGGACAGCAGACACUGAACCAUUAGUUACUAUAUCACUGAAAAACACAUUUGUGUCAAUUACUGAGUUUGCUUGUGUAAAUAUUGCGUACAAGUGUUUUUAUUGUUUAUUUUUAUGGGUAUUGUGAGUGCAGAAUCUAGCAGACAAUUUUAUUAGACGGUUGAUGAACUGAGGAGUAAAGUUUAUACAUGAAAGAAAAAUUCAUUUAGAAAAGAAACGAUUUCUUGGGUGUGAGAUGUUUUCCAAUUAUCUAUGAUUUUGUUCAAGUGAAUCUUGCCAGUAUUUGCUCUUGUCAAGUAUUCAUUACAUUUAUAAAUUAGAUUGGUUCAUUGGAUAAAUUAACAAUUGUUCCGUGUAUUUAUUGUUUUUGAUGUUAAUAAAUGGUAAAUGAGUUGAUGAGCUCUCUAGAUGAACUAUUUAAUCUCAUUAGUGAAAUAAUGAAAAUAUUAUUGCCUAUUUUGCGUGUCAUUUACUUCUAUUUUUAUGUGUUUGUUCUUCUGGUCUAAUUUCGCACAAAAUUCAUGGAAUAUCAAUACUGAUAGAUUUUUUUUCAUUUGUAUGCAAAGUUUGAAGUAGGAAUCAUGUGAAGAUUUUAAAUACUUUUGUUUCAAACAUCAAACCAAAAAAAAAAUGAUUUUUCGAUGCAUUUCAAGCCUUUUUCAAAUAGAGGUCCAAAUUAUGUAUUAUUUUUUAUUUAAUUUAAUAAUGAUCUUAUUAGGGCAUUUGUUUACGGCGUCAGAAAGAUUCAUGUUCAUUAUUGUUGAUCAUUGAUUAAUUUGAUUAGAAUAUUAUUGCUUACUGAUUAGUUUAGGCAUCGCAGUGCAAAUUAGAAGUAGAGGCGC